UAUUUCCUACAUGACUUGAACGCAGCUUCGGUUAGCUCUGCUACAACAAUGGCCACUAUCUGUCAGAUUUGGAGACCGGACCGAGGACGAUGCUUUAAAACCUACGGAAUUGUCAUCGUUUUGUUUAUGGACCUGGUCUUACAAUGUGUUAACGGUUACCUGAGCUCUCCUCAUGUUGGCCAGGAGCCUUCCUACACCAGGGAUGCCCCGCAAGAACCUGUCAUCACCAGCCCAGUGGUGCCUGCUGCAGCCUCAGAGUCCCCUGCAGAUGAAGAGAGCUACACUUCCAGGUGUCCUAGCGGGGGUUUGUGUCGGCGCCUGCCAGCUGAUUGCUUGCACUGCAAUUAUCAACACAACUGCACCUACAGGAAACCGACUUCCUUCACUUGUAAACCCAAAAAAGGAGUUCACUGCAUAGUGGAGUCGGGACAGCAGCAAGCCAACUUCUCUCUCUCCAUCACCUGUCAGUUCUGCUGGCAGCUGGACCCGUCCCAGUACCGCUGCAAAAACUCUACCAACUGUAUGACAGUGUCCUGCCCACGCAAGCGCUACAACGCCACCUGUGACGUGUUAGACCAUGUACAUUGUUUAGGUAAAAGACAUUUUCAGAAGCGUUUAUUUUGUAACUGGACUGGUGGAUACAAAUGGUCAACGGCCUUAGCACUCAGCAUUACGCUCGGUGGCUUUGGGGCUGAUCGCUUUUAUCUGGGCCAGUGGAGAGAGGGGCUGGGCAAGCUGUUCAGCUUUGGAGGCCUGGGCAUUUGGACUUUGAUCGAUGUUCUCCUGGUAGGGGUUGGUUACGUGGGACCUGCUGACGGCUCUCUUUACAUCUGAAGCUCUGGAGACAUGGCUGGAUGGUUUGUGCCCUCUUCCCCCUUUCAAACCGCUUCCCUCAGAAGAUCUGUGUUCUUGCCACGUUUGCCUGCCCAGACUCUCUGCGCAACACGUCCUCAUCCCAUCUGCUAACCGGCAGGAAGUGUUUUCCUCAUUACACCAACGAAGACUCUACCCACACAAACCGUCAGAUCAGUCCCAAUCACACAGCGUCCGUCUCCUGUUGAGCUUCUGCAGAUGGAUCUGUGCAGGGGGACGAGGAGCCGGUCAUUAUCUCUCGUGCAUCUGGUUGGUUUGACUGCUGGUUAGGCUCCGUCAUGCUGAUGUAGAGAUAGGUUUGGUUUCCCGUGGAGCAGGGCUUUCACAGACAUCUUGCCACCUUGGAGCAGUGUGUUGCUCGGCCCUUAUUGCAAGGUAAAUGCGUCAAUGGGGGGUCAAAUGGUCGCCAUAGCUACAGAGCUCUUAAUGGUGACACCAGAAACAAUGGAGAAGCUGAAGGGUAAUAUUUAUGUCCUGAAAGAAAGCAUGAAUAUGCAGAAGGGAAUUUGUUCAGGUCUUUUUAUUGACGACAGACAGUCGGUCUUGUAGAUGAGUUCAACGGUUCUUUUACAUCUUCUUUAUUUCCCCCACAUUCAGUCGGGUCACAACUGUAAGAAAGCGGUUAAGUUGCCUUUUAAAGGGAUAGUUCGGAUUGUUUGUACUUAUCCAAAGUCAGCGUAGUAGAUGGCGGAAGGAAGGAGCACGGCUACGGAAGUAAAGCUAUGUGCUGCUGUGGACAACAACACUUGUUUUAUCCACUUAAAAACAAUCGAUAACCGUUUUAAGUGUACGCUAUAUUUAGAAUAUUUUCACAGCUUGGCAUCAGGCAACUCUUCCCGACGGUGAACUGAAGCUGUUCUGUACGCUCUCUUCAAAGCCGCCAGACUCCUUUGACAAAAACAGUCAUUUUACCUCAUUCUACCACUCAGUGGAUGCGACUGGUUUGUGAAGCACAUGUUCUGGUGCUGAUAGACAAGAACUCGCCUUCUGCGAGGGACAAUGACUGUUUGUCAAAGGAGUCUGGCGGCUUUGAAGAGACAAAAGCUUCAGUUCACCGUUGGAAAGUGGAAAGUGCUGGUUGUUGCUCAGUAAUACACUGACCCCACCUUUAAAACAUGUGAACCAUCCCUUUAGAGGAUUAGAUAAAUGAUGCCAUGGCUUUUCAUAAACUCAAAUCAAAUGUUGUAAAUUGAAAGUUCUUUGAUAAAGAUCAAAUGUUGUAAAAAUAAAGACUUUAUCUUCAAACUGGAACUGGUAGAGAGGCAGUCUCAUUUCUGUCAUGACGUGUCAGAUACAGAGAUAAUAAUCUAACUGUUUGUUUGUACAUGAUUAAUAUAGAAACACAUGUGUUGCAUUAGCAAACUGCAGGUGCUCGUGGUUUCCUCUUCCUCACUCAUUAACACUCUUCACUUUGUAAAACCGGCUCUGUGUGACAUCUUCACACAUGGGCUCACCUCGCAUUUCAUGUAAAUAUGAUUUUUGUUCUCAGUGUCGGGUCAUUUAUUCUCUUUCAAACACUGUAAAUGACAUUUUUUAAGUUAUGUGAAUAAAAUUGUAAAAAUAUUA